AUGAAACCUUUGGUAGAAAAUUGGACUCAUAAUAGGCAAUAUGAUAGGAGAUCUGAGGUUAUCCUUACUCGUUUGAGAAUUGGACACACAAGACUGACUCAUCAAUAUCUUUUGAAGGGAGAUGACGAACCAGUAUGUCAGCACUGCAACUGUGCUGUAAGUGUUAAACACAUAUUUUGCAACUAUGUUGCUUUUGAUCAGAGUCGUAGACAGCAUUUCGAAAAUGCAAGCUUUAGAGACAUCUUGGGCCAGAGGCCAAAUCUGGAUAAUAUACUGGACUUUCUAAAAGUCAUUAAUAUGUAUAGGGAAAUCUGGUGA